CCUAAGCACGGGCAACCAGCUCGAACAACUUUCAAAGAAGAGCUGUCAAACGGCAUUCAGUUCGCUCGGAACAGGAUCUCGUUGUGUCCAAGUGGGGUCUCCCUCACAAUGGAAUCGCAUCCUGUAGGUUCUAAGUUGCCCUGCACUGUAGGACAUGGGAUUGCCUCGGAGCCAUCUGCAGAGACGGGCAAGUUCACCAAGGUCCACCCCCGUGGUAGCACAGAUUGCUUUCUGUGGCUGUACAAGGACCAACGAGGUUGUGCUCAUGGACCUUAUCCCGAGGAACGAAUGGCCACUUGGUUCAUUGCAGGUAACCUGAAGAUGUCACUUCCCGUGAAGCGAGUUUGCGACGUGCAGUUCCAGCUCCUGGGAGACAUCAUCAAAACCACGGGCCGCGUCCCCUUUCAAACGCAUGAACAACGUCAGGGAACGGCGCCGUCCGAUCCAGGGUGUAGCCUUCCCUUGACGUCGCAUGUGAUCCCUGUGCGUGACGCAGAUCUCAUGUCCAAGUCAUUUCCCUUCCCGGAAAUGCAAUCCCUCUACCCGCUGCCACGUCCAUCCGCAGUUACCCGAUUCCUUAUCGGUCACGGCAGGACGUACGACAAUAUUAUACCUUCUACAAGCUACAUCCCUCUACUUGCUAAAGUGGAACCACUCUCUGACCUUCCCACACUCUCCAAAGUGCAAUCCCUACCUUCGCCAGGUUCCACCAAAGGCGAUGCUAAGGAACGGCGUCCAGAACCAUCAGGAGCGCGAGCAGACUGCAAAGUGGGCCACCAACGCACAGCGAUGGUAACUCUGGUGCAGCCUUCACCGCACAAGACUCGGUCGCAGCACAAGACCACAACGGGAAAGGCGUUAAAUAAGGGCAAACCUGCCACGUCAUCUGCCCCAGCUGGAACAGCGACGACUAACGCAAAAGACACCGAUGAAGAGCGACGCCUAGCAGCCGACCGGUACUUUACCCGGUGGUCCUGCACGUCCCUCUCAAAAUUUCCGUCCUACAUCCACGUCCCGACUUUCUUCGAGCUGCUGAGAGACGUGGAGUCGAACGCUGAAAUUCGAGAAUACGUCCAGAUGCAUCUCGGGGAUAGCGAAGACGUCAGGGGCUUUGCGCAAGAGUUUAUCCGGAAGAGGGCUUAUUGGAAGUGGGUGACUGGUAGGAAAGGACCUCUAGAUGUGUCUGAAGAUUCAAGUGGUCUCAAGAAAAGGGUCAGAUAAUUCAAUCUAUGUAUAGGCGAUAAAUUAUUUUCCGCAAUCACAAAACUCAAAUUUUGCUACUUCAUUGCUGGGAGAUGGACUCAUGUGCAGUAAAGACACGUGCUGACAAAAAA